CCCCGCCGCGCGCCCUGCCCUGCCCGCAGCCGCCGCGCCGAUGCCACGUGGGAGGCGGCGGAGCCGCCGUCGGCGCCGGGCCGGAACGGCGGCCCCCCUGACGCUGGGGACGGCUCUCGCCGGGCGCCGGGAGGAGGGGAGGUCGCGGAGCCCCCGGGACCGCGGCGGGAUCGCCGAGACCCGAUGGGUGCUCGGCGCCGUGGCGCCCGGCUCGCGGCUUGGCCUCCCGGGCCUAGAGGCGCUGGCGGCGGCGGCCGGGCCUAGGGGCGGCUCCCCGCCCUGGGCGGCGCCCUCGCUGCUCCAGGUGCCGGCGGCGGCACAGCCGGCCCCGCGGCGGGAGGGCAGCGACCUGCCGGCCGGCGCGCCGGCCGCCCUGGCCGUGCUGCGCCUCCAGCCCGGCGCCGAGGGCUCGGCGCGGGCGGCGGCGGCGGCGGGGGCCGCGCCGCGCCUGCGGACCGUCUACGUGAACCCGCGCUGGCUGGAGCGGCAGGCCGCGCUGGGGGCGGCGGCGGCGGCGGCCAGCCCCUGCGCCGAGGCGGCGGCGGCGGCGAGCGGCGCGGCCGGGGCCCCGGCGGCGGCAGCGGCCGCGGCGGCGGGGCAGGGCGAGGCGGCGGCGGCGGCGGAGGCGGCGGCCACCCCCUACGUGGGGCUGCGGCGGCCGCUGGGCUACCAGCUGGCCAAGGCCACCAAGGAGCGGAUCUGGCGGGGGGAGUUCAUUGACCUCUUUUCCUUGCUCCACACAGAGCUGGCCCCCGAGCACGGCCCGCGCCCGGGGGACACGCUGGACCAGUGGGUCUCGGCCUUCCUGGUGUACGCCAGCGUGCUGUGCGAGAAGCACCCGGCGCGCUGCGGAGCCAUGUUCAAGUACCUGGACACCAUCCGCAAGCUGCACGCCACCUACGGGGGCACCUCGUGGAUGAGCUACGACGAGGACUUUCGGCGGCGGGUGGCCAAGGACCCCACCCUGCCCUGGGGCGACGUCGACCUCGACCUCUGGAUGAAGUGGAUGGCGCCCCUCAAGUCGCUCGUCAGCAGGCAGCCGCGGGCUGAGGGCGAGGCGCAGGCUUCGCCGGCCCCGCCGCCGCAGCCGCCACCGCCGCCGCCAUCCCAGAGCCCCGAGCGGGAGGAGAAAAGCCAGACUCCAUGAAAACAGAAGGCCAGUUGGAAUGGCAGUCAGACUAAGUGGGUGUUGAGACGACGAUAUGUAUGGGACCUUGACAUGUCUGAAAAUGAAAAAGCCACUCUCCUGAGAAACACUAUUUUAAUGGCCUCGAAACUGGGACUCUGAUCCAGUUAAUGCUGAGAUAUGCGCAUUCAACACAGCAGAAUGUAGAGUGCUUUUACAGAUGGAAUUACAAGUUACAGAAACACCUUUUACUUUCUGAGAAGGGGCUUAAGCUCAAUAAUGAGAUCACUCAUGCCAUUUUUCCUUUAUCCUGUUUUUUUAAGAAAUCAGAACUCAGUCACCCACUGGCCCAUGUUGCGUCUCCUCACCACUGUUGCUACACGUGAACCACUGCAGAUGUCUCCUCCUGAGGAAAUGCUGUAAUAGCGGCAGGAUUUGGGGGGAGGCAUGGGAAGGAGGGCAUGUGGAGCAAGGAAGGAUGAGCAGAUGUGGCUCUCCUCAGUCUCACCGAUGAAUUGCACAAGUGUAGGUCUUAACCUACUGACUCAGAGCAGCAAAGCAGCAACAGUUUUGUUUUUCUUGUCCUAUUUGGGAGCUGCAUACCCAGCUGGAGUCUGAAACGCUUCCUAACGCUCUUCGCUGAGUCCUGCCAAGAAUUUGUUGGGUUUUUUUGUUACUCUCUCCAGUCUUCACACAGUCUGGUGCCCUUCCUGGCACUCUGUCACCUCCCAGUUUCCUGGUUGCUACUGGUGCUGGGUCAGACCACCCUGUCUUCUGUGUCUGCAGUAGGCAAUUGCCAGCGCUCUGCCUUGCUCUCCAGUGGCAGUGGCUGCUUUAAAAUCGGUGGCUGCUUUCAUAGAGAAACUUGCCUUUCAAAUCAUUAGCAGUGGUGUCUUAAAACAUGUGGGAGUUGCCACUGCAACCCUUUUUUUUUUUUUUUCCUUCUUCCUUCCACCCCAGUUCAUAAGCUUGGCCUUCCUCACUGUCUUUGAGCCACCCAGUAAUUUCACUGUGGUACUUUUGUGUUCUUGCUUUGGGGUUUAUUCUUGCAUGUGUGCUUUUCCCCUCAUUGCUGUGCUGUAAGCUUCUGAAAUUUCCUUGUUCGUUAGUUUCUCAUUAAAAGUGUUGGACUUCAA